UUUGAAAAAUCCAAUCUUUCUCUUCUUCUUCUCUUCUCUGUCUUUUUACUUUCUGACACUCCCCUUCCUCAUUUCUCUCUCUCUCUUCACCAUGAAACUUCCGUUACCAUUACUCAUUCUCCUCCUCCUCCUCUUCUCAGCCACUAUCUACGCCGCUCCUUCCCUCUCCCCCACUCCUUCUCCAACCAUCUCCCCAGUCCCACGCACCUCCCCCACUCCCCACACAUCCUCCUCUUCCCCACUAGACCCAAAACAGCUCAAAGCCCUCGAAUCCCUCAACAUCCCCACCCUCAAAAACCCCUGCGACCAACACCGCCCAUCCUCCAAAAAACCCCCCACCACCGUCGUAACCUGCGACGCCUCCUCCCCAUUCCGCCUCGUCACCUCCCUCUCCUUCUCAAACUGCUCCUCCGAUCUCUCCAUCUCCUCAACCGCACUCAAAGCCCUCUCCCCAUCCCUCACCUCCCUCUCUUUCCACAACUGCCCUUCCCUCUCCCCGCCGCCUCACCUCCCCGACUCCCUCCGCUCCUUCUCCGCCGUCUCCUCCUUCCCACGUCUCUCCGGACUCUCCCUAGCUCGCCUCGUCAACCUCACCGACCUCACCGUCUCCUCCGUCCCCGUCUCCACCUCGGGCCUCUUCGUCAUCCUCGGAAACAUGCACGACGUCGUCUCCCUCACCGUCUCCCACGCCAAUCUCUCCGGGAACAUCCCCAAAUCGUUCCACUCGAAUCUCACACUCAUCGAUUUAUCAGACAAUCUCAUCAAAGGCUCCAUACCCACUUCCAUCACUCUCCUCUCCAGCCUCAAAGCUCUAAACUUGUCGUCGAACUCGAUCUCCGGCGAGAUACCCGACAGCAUCGGCGACCUAAUCUCGCUAAAGAACUUGUCUUUAUCCUCCAACAAGCUGUCGGGACCGAUCCCUGACUCGAUCUCCUCGAUUCCGGAACUUACUCACUUAGAUCUGAGCGGAAACCAGCUAAACGGCACCGUUCCGAGGUUCAUUGCCAAGAUGAAGAGUCUCAAGUACUUGAACUUAGCUAACAAUGCCUUCCACGGAGUCCUUCCUUUCAAUGCCACCUUCCUGAAGAAGCUUGAGGUGUUCAAAGUGGGUGGAAACAGUGAUCUCUGUUACAACCACACUGUGUUGUCGUCGAAGAUGAAGUUGGGUAUUGCUCCGUGUGAUAAGCACGGUUUGCCUUUGUCACCGCCGCCGCAGAAGGGAGACUCCUCGAGUUCGGAUUAUGAUUACAGUGAAGAUGAUAGUAGUGAGAAGAAGAAGGAAGAGCAUCAUGGUCCUAAUAAGGUUGUGCUUGGUGUUGCCAUUGGACUUUCUUCGCUUGUGUUCUUGAUCAUCUUCAUGAUCCUUCUCGCAAAAUGGUGUGGUUAAUUCAAAAGGAGAUGAGUUUGUUAUCUUUGUCUUUCUCAUUUAUUACUGAUACAGAAAAAGUAUAGUAAAAAAGAUUUUACUCUCUGAGAGUGAUUUAGAGUUGGAAGAAGAAGAGGAUAGUGAUUCUUUGGAGAAUAACCGAUCCGGUUCUCCAGCACCAAUCCCGGUUUAGUUUAAUCUAUUCUUUUUUUUUUUUGCUAUUUUACUUUGAUGUCACAUUUUGAGUUGUAUGAUGUAAAAGGAUUAUUUUGUAACGAGUAUUGAAUUAUUUCUUCAACCAA